UUUGGCUCCUGCCUGUUGCUGAUGUUGCGGCGGGGUUUUCAUCAUGGAGCUGUCGCGGCGGAUCUGUCUGCGACUGUGGCUGCUGCUCCUAUGGUUCUUACUGGGCUUCAGCGCGGGAUCUGCCAUCGACUGGCGGGAACCCGAAGGCAAGGAAGUAUGGGAUUAUGUGACUGUUCGGAAGGAUGCCCACAUGUUCUGGUGGCUCUAUUAUGCCACCAACCCUUGCAAGAACUUUUCAGAGCUGCCCCUGGUCAUGUGGCUUCAGGGUGGUCCGGGUGGUUCUAGUACUGGAUUUGGAAACUUUGAGGAAAUCGGCCCUCUUGACACCCAACUCAAGCCUCGAAAUACUACCUGGCUGCAGUGGGCCAGUCUCCUGUUUGUGGAUAAUCCCGUGGGCACAGGCUUCAGCUACGUCAACACAACAGAUGCCUACGCAAAGGACCUGGACACGGUGGCUUCCGACAUGAUGGUUCUCCUGAAAUCCUUCUUUGAUUGCCAUAAAGAAUUCCAGGUAAUUCUGCAGCUUAGGCACAAAAGACCAGCAAGAGGGAUGAGGGACUCUUCUGAACACCGAGCAGAGGGAUGGAGGGAGUCCUGGGUCCCUUUGGUCAGAGCAUUUCUUGGCUCUCUUUUUCAGGCAGUUCAGCAAGGGACCAUCAAGUGUAACUUUUCUGGGGUUGCUUUGGGGGACUCCUGGAUCUCCCCUGUGGAUUCAGUGUUGUCCUGGGGACCUUACCUGUAUAGUAUGUCUCUCCUUGAUAAUCAAGGCUUGGCCGAGGUGUCCAACAUUGCAGAGCAAGUCCUCAAUGCGGUAAACAAGGGCUUCUACAAGGAGGCUACUCAGCUGUGGGGGAAAGCAGAAAUGAUCAUUGAAAAGAACACUGACGGGGUAAACUUCUAUAACAUCUUAACUAAAAGCAGCCCGGAGAAAGCUAUGGAAUCAAGCCUCGAGUUCCUCCGGAGCCCCUUAGUUCGGCUCUGUCAGCGCCACGUGAGACACCUGCAAGGAGACACCUUAAGUCAACUCAUGAACGGCCCCAUCAAAAAGAAGCUCAAAAUUAUCCCUGAGGAUAUCUCCUGGGGAGCCCAGGCAUCUUACGUCUUCCUAAGCAUGGAAGGGGACUUCAUGAAGCCUGCCAUCGACGUUGUGGAUAAGUUGCUGGCAGCUGGGGUCAAUGUGACCGUGUACAACGGACAGCUGGAUCUCAUUGUGGACACCAUAGGUCAGGAGUCCUGGGUUCAGAAGCUCAAGUGGCCACAACUGUCCAAAUUCAAUCAGCUAAAAUGGAAGGCCCUGUACACCGAUCCCAAGUCUUCAGAGACAGCUGCGUUCGUCAAGUCCUAUGAGAACCUAGCCUUCUACUGGAUCCUAAAGGCGGGUCACAUGGUUCCUUCUGACCAAGGGGAGAUGGCCCUGAAGAUGAUGAAGCUGGUGACCAAGCAGGAGUAGCUGAGCUGGCUGGCCCUGGAGGUGCUAGAGCAGCAGAGCCCAGGAUGCAGGUGCUAAUGUCUAUCCCUGGUGCUCUUCUCCCGGGCUCUACCAUGGGAUAUGACUCUGGGAGCACCUGCUCUCUCCUGUACCGAAAGACUGUGGGCUUCUGUGUCUACUUAGAAAUCAGUUCUGCUUCCUAAAGAGUAUUUAAAACCAGACUCAUUUAAUCAAAGUGAAGGAUUGCGAUCGAUUGGUCUCUUACUACAAAAACAGUUGAUAGCACGUGUAAAUCCCAGCACUUGAGAGGUAGAAGAAGCAAGAGGAUGCGAGGUUCAAACGCAUCCACAACUACAUCGAAAGUUCAAAAGCAGCCUACACCAAACGAGAGUCCCUGUCCCCCCCUUCCCCCCCCAAAAAAAAGCAAAAGCAAACUACAUGAUUUAUAGACAAAAACAGUGGGAGAGACAAAGAAAAUGCUUAAACAGCCACUGAGCUGCCAACUAGGUGUCUCUGACUACGGGUCUUUUAUUUGCUACAUAUAUAUUUUUACAAAAAUGAAAUCCAUAUUGUACGCUAUUUUGCUGUCUGCUUCGUUCCCAUAUCAACAUGACCUGCACUUCUUUUCCCAUCAAUAAAUGUGUUGUGAUAUUUUUAA